AAGCCAGUCCCGCGCCAAGCGCGCGGUCUGAGAUCCUUUCCCGAAGUCCCUUGCGCGGCACCUGGCGACAAAAUGGCUGCCCGAGGGAGACGGGCGGAGCCUCCGAGUCGGGAGGUGCCCGGCCCGGCGGGCGGCGGCAGGAGCCGAUGGGCUGAGUCGGGGCCGGGAACGUCACCCGAGAGCGGGGACGACGAGGUGUCGGGCUCAAGUCCGGUGUCCGGUGGUGUGAACUUGUUCGCCAACGACGGCAGCUUCCUGGAGCUGUUCAAGCGGAAGAUGGAGGAGGAGCAGCGGCAGCGGCAGGAGGAGCCACCCCCGGGCCCGCAGCGACCCGACCCAUCGGCCUCCGCCGCGGCGGGCCCUGGGAAUCCGAAGAGGAAGGGCGGCCCAGGCCCCACGCUCAGCUUCGUGGGCAAGCGCAGAGGCGGGAACAAACUAGCCCUCAAGACGGGAAUAGUAGCCAAGAAGCAGAAGACGGAGGAUGAGGUAUUAACAAGUAAAGGUGACGCAUGGGCCAAGUACAUGGCAGAAGUGAAAAAGUACAAAGCCCACCAGUGCGGUGAUGAUGAUAAAACUCGGCCCCUGGUGAAAUGACCCCUUCCCGGGUGCUCAUUACCUGGGACUCUCUGCGAUGUACAUAACUAUUUAAUGUGGUAAUGGCAGCGGCCUUCCUGGAGGACUGAUACACAGAAGGAAACCAAGGCGCUUCCCAUGGCCGCAGACCAUUCUCCAGGACUCUUUUUUUACCUUGAGCACUUGCCUCCUGAGACUUACUAGACCAGUGGUUUACUGUCCCCUUUCUUCCUACCACCUCGCUUUCUCUGGCUCUGUCUGUCUCUUCUUGCUGUCUCUCUCCUUUUAGCAGUCACUUCUGAGAAGUAAAGAACCUGAUUUAGUGCUGGA